AUGGACAUUAGAAGCGAGACGGCGCCUCUGUCUACAACAUCCCGUAGAAAUCGUUGGAACCCGUUAAUAGAUAGUAAAAAACGCAAAUUUCGUGUUCAAAAUACUCCACCACUUUCGCUUCGUCAAUCUCUUCGAUCGACCAUCAGCGUCAUUCCAGAUGGUAAACAAUGGAAACCGACUGGAGUUUACCAUGUACCUGUUGUGCAUGAAGAUCCACCUCCUAAACCACCAAAUAACCUACCUGAAAUUGUUGUAAAACCACGCAAGAGCUCACAACCUGCUUGGUAUCCACCUGGCCCAAACAAAUAUAAACGACCUAAAACACCAAGUGAGGAGAACAAAGUACAAAAGCCUGAAGAAGAUACAAAUGGUUCUCGAUCAAAGACGAAUUCAAAUCAGCGGUCCAAAUUUACUCGAGAAUCAUCGACUCCAUGGCAUCCUUCUGGAAAUCGAUAUUAUGAACCAGUACCAUAUUUUGAUGCACCAAGUUUGAGAUGGUCACCUCAACAAAUUAAACAAUCAUUGUCGGAAUUCAAGUCAACAACAAAGAAUUCAUCUCGAAAUCCAAAGUGA